UUCCGGUUUGAAACAACAGCCAGCAAUUUUCCAAAACAAUCCACCGAAUUAUUUAUUGUAUUUUAAUUGUUUAUCAUUUAGAUUCAGGAAAAUAGUGAGUUUGGCAGCAUGGGGUUAUCGUCUGAAAUAUCCGUUUUGCUGCUGUUGUUUUUGACUGGCCUGUUGAUAUCAAUGGUGGAUAGUACAACUCCAGGCUGUCGACUAAUCAACGAAGAAGAUGGUAAAGACGUUCCUGAUGAUGAUCAUAAAGGUUACAAUAAAUUGAAGCCGUUAGUUGGAAAGAGGUUCAGCACUAUUGAUGUGGAGAAGGAAUAUAGAUAUAGUGUUGGUAUUUGUCGUGAUGCUGUGGAUGGAUAUAAAAAUGUUGGUGUUUUGCAAGAAAGUUUGAAAGAUAAAAGACGGCAUGUUAUAGGGUUGUAUAACUCAACACAGAUAAUGAGUGGAAAUGAUUGGGUGAUGAUUGAGUAUUGGCAUGGUGAAAAGUAUCAUACACAUUGCAACAAAGAAGAGAAAAAGGCUGUCAUUAUAAUUAUUUGUGAUCCAUCGGCGGAUGAUGAAAAUGGAGUAGAUAUAUUGGAUGAAGCGAAAGCGAAAAUAGGAGAUUGUUAUUAUUUAUUUGAGAUUUCACAUAAAGCUGUGUGUGGAAUUAAAUCGUCAUCGAAAGCUCUAAGUUUUGGUUCCAUAGUAUUGAUAAUAUUCGCCAGUGUGGUAGCCUUAUAUUUAUUUCUUGGAUUCCUAUACCAGAGAUUUGUUCUACAUGCCAAGGGAAUGGAGCAAAUACCAAAUUAUAGUUUUUGGCAAGAUUUUGGAAAUUUAGAAGCCGAUGGCUGUAAUCUAGUGUGUAGAAGCAUGUCCAAUAGAAAUUCAGCACCAUAUAAGGGUAUUGGUGACGAACAGUUAGAAGAAGACUUGGAUCGAGAUCGCGAUGAUCAUUUAUUACCAAUGUAAAAAUAAACAAAACAGACAAGGUUCUAAUUUCACACGUAUACUUCAUCUUUGAAAAUCACUUCUAUUCAAUGCUUGUAUAAUAUAUGUCUGGAUGUAUUAGACUAUAGAUACUGAAGUCUAGAUAACCAGGUCUCAUUAACAUACAUUUGUUUAACCAAUGCUAUUCAAUACUUGUAUAAUAUAUGUCUGGAUGUAUUUGUCUACUGAUACUGAAGUCUUGAUAGCCAGGUCUUAUUAUGACAACUAAUCAGAAAGCUUGUAUCACACAGCUUUUGAUUGGACAAUAAUAGUGGCUUCUGUCAAAAUCAACCUACAGAACCAAUCAUGUAAAGUAUAUUAUAAGGUUGUUGGUUAACAGAAACUCAUUUUGGUGAUGAGUAAAAAUAUUUUUGUGAAAAUGGUAUGUAUGAUGAAAUUUAUAAAUAAUCAAUGGUCAUAAUAAUCAUGACAGAUUGGGUAACUCUGGACCCUCUGUCGAACCAAUUAGUCUUUGGGGGUCCAGCAUGGUCACUUGAUCAAUCUAUCAAAGUUGAAAUAAGUUCAUCACCUUUUGGGAAAAUGGAUUGAUCCAAAUAUUGUUUUCUGAAAUAUGUUUUCUGAUCAAUUCAAUUUAAAUCAAGGGGUGUUCAUUAAUAAUUCCAGAACAAAUAUAAGAAUGUUGUUGAUUUUUGAAUAUAUAAAGUUUGUUUCUGACUGGUUGAUUUUGGGUUUGUGAACGGAUAAUAGAUUUCGGUACGACAUAUUUAUAUAUUGCAGAGUUUGCGGACAUAUUUCACAUAUCAUACAAUAAACGUACCCAUAUUUAAAUUCUGUCCCAGUUCUCUCUGUCGGGUGACGCAUACUAGAUAUUCUAUUCUGGGGUUGCUCGUUUGUCAAUUCGGAACGUCCAGAAUUGAUAGAAUUGCAAUCAAGUGAUACGCAAUUAUCCAUGUCACAGUUCUGUCAGUCCCAACAGCUGAGGUGAUAUGAGUAGAAUCGUGACGUAUUUUAAGUAACAAAUAUGUAUCAGCUGUCAUGAUUGGUUGAGAUAUUUUUUAUGCAUUUGGCACAUGCGUUGUACUUUGAAAUUGUCCUUUUCAGUCGAUUGACACUAUUUUUGGAAUUGAGAGAAUUUAAUUCCGGAACGUUCAAUCGAGUAUUCUCUCUGUGUCAUUGUUGUAUUUAGAGAACUAAAUUCUAGAACCUUCAAGUAUCUUUAUAUUUUUGUCUUGGAUGAAUAGACGAUAGCAAAAUGAGCCUGAAGUCGCAACUCUUUGACGAUAUAAACAAAAAUAUUAAAAUAGGCUAAAAAUGUUGUUUCAAUGAUAUUACAUGAAAGGUAAAAGUUUAGAUUUGACAAAUAAAACAAACUAAUUUUUGAAAAUAUUUUUAGCCUAUUAUGUAUUUCCCCUUGCGACUCAUUUUGCUGUCAUGGUUUACAUAUUUUGAUUGUUUUGUCAUGGAUAGAAUAUAAUCACAUUUUAGAUUAAGUAUACAAUUGUAUACAAGUUUAGAACUGAAAGAUUAAGAAAGAGGGAAUGUGUGUGAUAAUCAUUUGUUUUGUUUACGAGGUUCGUAGUCAUUCCCUGCGGUAAACUAGGCUCUUGUGUACCGUCAUGCUGGCUUUAGACACAUAGACAUGCAAAUAUAUAAAAUGUAGAAAUACAUACCACGUCUGUCUAUUUUUUGUAUGUCCAGUAUUUUAUCCGUUGACCUAUUUUGUUUCAUGAGUUAAUAAUAAUGAUUUAUAAAUGGUUUGAAAGAUGUAAAAAUGUUAAAUAUAUUAUAUGUUUAUUUUACCUACUUGUGCCUUGAUAGGCGGGUGUAUGGAUGUACGCAUGUAUCUACAUGUGUUUUUCUUGGGUUGGUUCAUCAAAUAAAAUGCAAACUUAUAAAAAUAAUAUAUUUUGUUGAAAUUUAAAAAACCCAACAUGGCUUAUUAUGCAAGUUCUCGUCCACGGUCACAUUCUAAUGUGUUUCUAUAGACGGUUCAACCAGUCAUGAUCUGAACUUAAUGAAGUUUGCUAGAAAUCACAGGGUUGAACUUAUUUUGAUCGAACCAACCCAGAUUUGUAAAUUGUUUGUUAAAGGUAUAUCUGGGAUUUUUAUUUAUGAAUAUGGAAUAAUAUUUUGUUGUUUAGUUGGAGUUCUGAUAAAAUAAUAUAUAUGUGUAUAUUUAUUGUCUUCUGGUAAUUAAAAGUCCAGAUCCGUACAGCACAAAGUUUGUCUUCACAGGACAACAGAAGUUGGCAUGAAUUUCGUUGAUUUGAUAGGAUACAAGAUUAAUUAUGGUAGCUGCUUGUCGACAUUUUUAUCUGGGGUUAACACGGGCCAGAAUUAGGUCAUCAGAAGCUUCCAUUCCCUUUAAUAUACUUCAGCUACGAAUAUGUCUUAUGUUAAGUAUACGAUUCAUUCCUGGUCGGAUGAAGGACAUGUCCGGCAUCUACAGGCGAAACAGCAGCCAUGGUUCAUACCAAUCUGAAUUAAAAUUUUGCGUCCUAUUUUAUCGCGAAAAAAACUACUUUAAAAACAACAAGUACGUUGUUGUCCUUUUCGAAACCAAGGAAAAAAUUUGAUCGUCUAACGAUUCUUGUAAAUAUAACAUAAAUGCUUGGGCUUGAAAGAUUUUAUCCUCAAAAUAUUUUUGCAUUUGGGUUUGUUUAAGAUUUUAUCAUCUCACGGUUUGUUAUUCUACGUAAAUUAUUUCACGUAAAUUAUUUGUUUUUGGUUUUUGUGAAUACUCAUAACAUCAUUUUAUAUUUUUUGUAUAAUCGCUGUGUAUUUUGUUCCCGGUUUCCAUGGAGAUCAAACAUGCAAUAAAUGUUGUAGAAUUAUGUAUUUUACGGGGAUUUGUUGAUUUUGAGGAAUUUGUUUUCGCUGUUUUGUAGAAUGCCAGAAUUCUUUCUUGAUGCUUAAAAUAGUUAGUUUUAAUAUGCUUAGUAUUUUUAUGGACUGUUAUGAUUGAACUGGAUGAUUUUGGACUGACUAUCCUAAUCCUUGUCAUGAACAAGCUUGGAAUCGAAACCACACCACUUGAUCCAUUGACAGACCUUAUGAUCUAAAGUGCACACAUAAAACCAUUCGGUCACCCAACUCCACGAUAACAGAAAGGAUAGAGUCAGGUGUUUUAAAAAUAUCUUUUAUUCUUGAACAGGUCUAAGUAUAUUGAUAAGUAAGUGUAUCCACUCUGUGGCUGUACAAUGCCAGAGGUAUAGUAGGGAUGAGAGAGCAUGUGUAUCAACUCUGUGGCUGUACAUUGCCAGUGGUGUGUGAGGGAUGGGAGAGCAUGUGUAUCAACUCUGUGGCAGUACAUUGCCAGAGGUGUGUGAGGGAUGGGAGAGCAUGUGUAUCAACUCUGCGGCUGUACAAUGCCAGAGGUAUAGUAGGGAUGAGAGAGCAUGUGUAUCAACUCUGUGGCUGUACAUUGCCAGUGGUGUGUGAGGGAUGGGAGAGCAUGUGUAUCAACUCUGUGGCAGUACAUUGCCAGAGGUGUGCGAGGAAUGGGAGGGCAUAUGAUAUGGUGUAUAUCCUGGAUAAGGAACACAAUCAACAAAAAUAAUACCAUCUUACCAUCGAUCUUGGCUUGUGGAGCUCGGAAAUGGUUAGCUUGGAAUGAAAGGAUAUGCAUUAAUUCUGAAUUUAAGAGGGUUGAAUAGGAACACCUGAUAUCACUUAGUCUAGAUAUAUAGUAUUGAUAGAUGUUGUACAUGAGACAGGGUAUGCUUACUCUCUCUAGAACAUCUGAUACCACUUCUUAUAUAUCUGUGAAGGUAACAAUAUAUGUACAUUUCAUUUUACCAUCCUCAUCAUAUCUGUUUUUCAAGUGGUUUUAAAUAAGAUCCUAAAUAGAGAUUGGCCAUAGUAAUUAGUACACAUUACAUUUGACAUAGACUCAUUACAUUUGACAUAGACUCAUUACAUUUAAUAUAGUGCACAUUACAUUAAAUUGAUGUAGUGCUCAUUACAUUUGAUAUAGUGCACAUUACUGACGUGCAUUCAAUGGGGCUUAUUGAUGUGAUGUUAAGAUACAACACAAGGUUGAUUAUUGUUGAUAUUUUAUUAAUUAGAAAAAGAAAUAAUUUAAUUUGUAGAUAUGGCAUUAUGCUUUUAUUUAUCCAAGUUGAUAUAUUCUGUAUUGGUUUUAUUAUUAUGCAUAUUAUAUUAAUCAGUAAAUCUGUUUCCUUCUUUUGAUCAAAAUAAUCAUAAUGCUCAAUCGAUAACUCUCUCUAUGUUUCUGUGUUGUAUUAUUUAUACUUAGUUCCUAUUGAUUGAUAUUUAUAGAUAUUUUGCUAGCAGUGUUGGAUUUAAACUCAGUGAGGCCCUUAGCUAUACAAUAUUUGACUGUCUUUGUGAAUGACUUGGUGAGACCCUAUAAGCUAUAUAUGCCUUUUAAUUAUUUCAUACAAUUAGACAUUUUAAAAACUACAAUAUCAGUCCACUUAAAAAUUCAUGUUGAAUGUUGUUCAGCUUAUGUCUAAGUCGAACGAGUUAAAGGAGCACCACAGCUUUAUGAUACAACUGUCCAUGACAAAUGUAAUUCAUGGUAAAUCAUAAUCUUAAAUGUGUAUUAUAUGAUACCCACCCUUCUUCACAUUCUUUAUUCUUCCUCAUUAUACAGAGAAAAUAUCGAUAUAUGAAUAUAUUAUUUCCAAAUCGGAAUUCACAAUGUUGAAAAAAUAUUUUAAAUUCAUUUUUUUAAGAUGAAAAUUGAGUUUAUUAAUUUGAUGAGUGGGUAUUGAUGUAUGUAUUGAUGUACCAACACUACGCUACGGUUCCCUGCUAUACUUCACCCACUAGUAGAAAUGUUGAUCUGAGAGAGUAAACCUUUUAAUUUAAAACUAUUUAAUCAUAAACCAUUGUGUACAAUUCUACACAGAUCGAAUCAAUUGACCAUCUGACCACCAGUUUAUAUGUUAUGGUCAUUGUUUGAGGAUUAAUCAGAGCCAUGAUCCUAAACAACAGUAAAAUACCCAACAUUAUUAACAAUUAAAAUUAUGUAGAGAUGGAAGUGAGUGUGGGAUUAAUGGGAGUCCUGACCCUAACUAUCACAUGUUCAUGAAUAAUAUUCUGUAAGUGACAUUUAGUAACUGGGUAGAUAAAUGAACUAUAACACAUGCACUUAUGGAAAAACAUCUACUGAUUUAUUUAGGCGAGUUUCGAAGAGUAUUCUCUAAACUUUAUCAAGCUAAUACCAAGCCAAUACGUUUAAAGAAGACUCUUCGAAAUGUUGCCCAAAUAAAUAAGUAGCUGCUUUUCCAUAAGUAUGUGUUAUAGUUUAUUUUCACAUUUUCCUUUCAUAUUUCCUUGUUUAAUUAUUACCAACUGUAGCUUGUAGUUUGUUUAAUUGUUACCAACUCUAGCUUGUUUAAUUAUUACCAACUCUAGCUUGUAGUUUGUUUAAUUGUUACCAACUCUAGCUUGUAGUUUGUUUAAUUGUUACCAACUCCAGCUUGUUUAAUUAUUACCAACAACUCUAGCUUGUAGUUUGUUUAAUUGUUACCAACUCCAGCUUGUUUAAUUAUUACCAACAACUCUAGCUUGUAGUUUGUUUAAUUGUUACCAACUCCAGCUUGUUUAAUUAUUACCAACUCUAGCCUGUAGUUUGUUAAUUGUUACCAACUCUAGCUUGUAGUUUGUUUAAUUGUUACCAACUCCAGCUUGUUUAAUUAUUACCAACUCUAGCUUGUAGUAUGUUUAAUUAUUACCAACUCUAGCUUGUAGUUUGUUUAAUUAUUACCAACUCUAGCUUGUAGUUUGUUUAAUUAUUACCAACUCUAGCUUAUAGUUUGUUUAAUUAUUAUCAACUCUAGUCUAUAGGUUGUUUAAUUAUUACCAUCUAUAGCUUGUAGUUUGUUUAAUUAUUACCAUCUAUAGCUUGUAUAUUGAUGUAUAUUUUAUUUAUGUUUGCAUUUCUUUCAUAUUUUAAUUUAACUAAGUAUUGUAAUUUGCAUAAUGAUAACAUUUGUUGAAUAUCCAUCCCACUGACUAUCCUGCCUUCCGAUGUGAACAUUGAUGGUUAUUAAUAGAUCCUAUAAAAUUAAAGAGUUGAUUUACUAAAUGAGACAUUCCAUUUCAAGUAGAAAAUGGGCAGUUUUUUUUCAAAACACAAAAAUAUGCGAGAAUGCUAUCUUAAAGAAUAUUUCAUUGAGACUUGUUCACACUAAGGAUGAAAAAAUAUUACUUCAAGACCUUGCUAGAAGAAUGGGGAUCAAUAUAAAUCUACUUUCGAUUGAACGCUUUUAUAAUAGAUAUUGUUUAUAAUUUAAGCUUUUGUGUCAGAGGGCAACUUGUUUAGUUUGUAUAAACCAGUUCUCAAGCAUUAUGAUUAGAAAAAAACAUCACAGACUCUGUGACAAGUAAUCCUUGGUGUGCACAGGUUUUGAAGCCUCUGUGACAAGUAAUCCUUGGUGUGCACAUAUUAUUGAAGCCUCUAUGACAAGUAAUCCUUAGUGUGCACAGGUCUUGAAGCCUCUAUGACAAGUAAUCCUUAGUGUGCACAGGUCUUGAAGCCUCUAUGACAAGUAAUCCUUAGUGUGCACAGGUCUUGAAGCCUCUAUGACAAGUAAUCCUUAGUGUGCACAGGUCUUGAAGCCUCUGUGACAAGUCAUGCUUGGUGUGCGCAGGUUUUGAAGCAUGUGAUGGAUAAUCCUUGAUGUGUGCAGGUCUUGAAGCUUUUGUGACAAGUAAUCCUUGGUGUGCAUAGGUCUUCAAGUCUCUGUGCAUUAUUUCAUAUUUCGGAAAAUAUCAAAUUUUUCACAGCUAAAAUGAAUUCAAAUUGAUUAUUUAAUUGAGAUGACAAAAUCAAAAUAUCAACCUCCAGACUUGGAUUCAAUUGGCCCAUCAAAAAAUUGUAACGCUAAUUACAGCUGGUGCUCGCUUUUGAUCUUUUUCUGUUUUAUAUCGUCUGCCAAAUGUUGCUAAACUUUCAAGAUAAUGUAGUUUGCCAAGGCUUCCCUUAAUUGAUGUUCUAAAGAUACUUUAUUAAUUCACUUCAUUGACUGUGGCAAUGCUCGAUUGUCAAUCCGGAACUUUCAGAAUUGACGGAAUUGCAAUCGAGUGACGCAGAAUUCAGUCCUGUCACAGUUCUAUCAGUCCCAACCACGGAGGUGGGGUGAGUAGAAUCGUGACGUAAUUAAACACAAUGAAUAUGUUUCAGCUAUCAGUUGGCACAUGCGUUUUAUCCCCCAAUCCACAUUUUCGUUCGAUUGUCACUAUUUUUGGGUUUGAUAGAAUUCAAUCUGGAACAUUCAAUCGAGCAUUGAUAUAAUGAACUGAUUAUUUUGGUGUUUUGUUUUGCGAUACAGUUUUAUUUUAUAUUGAUGAUAAUUAAUUCUGUGUAAAUAUUAUAUCAUUCCAUAUUAAAAUACAUUUUCUAUUAAACUCUUUAUUUUCUUUCUUCUUUAAAUAGAUGACAAGUUGGGUGACUCUAUAAUAGUCUAACAUGUGCAUUGUACAUCAUUGGGUCCGUCAUUGAGAAUGGGGGUUGGGUGGCUGAAUGGUUUCACACGCCCAUUGCCCAGACCGGUGUUUCCACAUAUACGUUAUCGUACUCUCAAGGAUUCUUUUACGUGCAUGCUUUAUGAACGGUUUAUGAGAUAUGCUCUUGAAACUAAAUCGCGGCUAACUUCUUUCGUUGCAGGAUAAUAAUUCAUUCCUUGCAUUGGAUUUAUAAUACUAGAAUACUUAUACAGGUGACAAUUUUAUGGAAUACCAUGACUUCUUAUUACUUGGCGACGUUUCGACUAGGCUUCUCUAGUCAUUACCAAGCAGUAAUUGUAUUCCAUAAAAUUGUCACCUGUAUACUCCAGUUCAGUUACUAAAUGCCAUUGAAACAAUUUACUAGAAUACUUGGUAUGGAUACAAUUCACUAUUUUAACUAGACUGUGAAAUGUUGCAGUAUAAUACAAAUAAAAUGAAACAGGUUUAACAACCUACUAUUCUGCUCUGACUCAACUAAUGAGGGAAAGUUUGCCCGAACAGCGGCACUACGGCCUACUCUUGUACCGAAUUCCAACUGUCAAGGGAUCUUUUACAUGCACGAUCUUGUUUUUUCAUCCUACCCAAAAGACAUCCUGCCCCCCCUGAUGAAUUUUCUCGGCCAACGUACGGAUCAAACACAGGACCUUCAGGUUCAUUGUCUUAUACACUGAACCACCUUGGUUCCCACGAUCAUUCUUGUGACCUUCAGACCUGCUUGAUCUAUACAGAGAACAAAACAACCUGCAAUACUUUCUUCAAAAUAAUAAAUAUCAUUUAUAUCUAUUCUUUCAAAUUCCAAUACAUACUAAAAUAUGUUUCUAGUAGAAUUGAAUAUAAAGAUAAUAAAAGAAGAAACUUAGACACGAGAAGGUUCAUUUCUUUCUUCUAGCAUCAAUUCUCAUUUAGCACUAAUUCCUUUACUCUAGCAUUAAUUUCAUGAUAGCAUUAAUUUCUUGGUAGAAUUUAUUUCCUGCUAGAACACUUUCAAACUAGCAUUAAUUGUCUGUUUUAGUUUUUAUAAUUACACUUUGACAAUAUGUCUCCUCAAGUCCACUGAUGACUUCUUCAUACUUGAUUUUCACCAUAAAAUUGAUGCAACAAAUUUGUUUCACUGCUGAGGUUUCUAUCAGGUUUCCACCAAUUGUUUGAAAUAAUUCUUCCAUUAAA